AUGCCGUUUGUCAAGGUUUUGAAAAACAAGGCGUACUUCAAGCGGUACCAGGUCAAGUAUCGUCGUCGUCGCGAAGGCAAGACGGACUACCGUGCCCGCAAGCGUCUCAUUUCGCAGGACAAGAACAAGUACAACUCGCCCAAGUAUCGUCUCGUGGUGCGUAUCACGAACAAGCACGUGAUCUGCCAGAUCGCGUACGCUGAAAUUGAUGGCGACAAGAUUCUGGCCCAAGCCACGUCGGCUGAACUUCCGCGUUACGGGCUGACGGUCGGACUCAAGAACUACGCAGCUGCGUAUGCCACGGGCUUGCUCGUUGGCCGUCGUUUGCUGCAGAAGCUUGGCUUGGACGAAGAUUACGAGGGCAAUACGGAAGUGGAUGGCGAGAUUGUCAAGACAGAAAGCAAUGGCCGCACGUACUUUGUCGAGGAAGUGGCGGACGAGAAGCGUCCGUUCCGCUGCUACUUGGACUGUGGCCUUCGCACUACCACCACGGGCCACCGUGUGUUUGGCGCACUUAAGGGCGCUGCCGAUGCCGGACUUGACAUCCCGCAUAGUGAAAAGCGAUUCCCAGGCUACAGUCGCGACGACAAGAGCUACGACGCCGAGGUGCACCGUGACCGUAUCUUUGCUGUGCACAUUUCGGACCACAUGAAGGAGCUCGAAGAGGACGACCCGGAGAUGCUUGCCUCGCACUACGCUGAGUAUGUGAAGGCAGGCAUCAAGCCGGACGACCUCGAGGAUGUGAUCACCAAGGUUCACGAAGCUAUUCGCGCUGACCCGUCGCCGGCUCCGAAGAAGGAGCACACCUUUGACAAGAAGUACAAACGUCCAGCCAAGCGCUCGCGCCAGCAGCGUCAAGCUCGUGUUGCUCAAAAGAAAGCUCACGCUGCUUCGAAGAAAGAGUAA